CACAGAGUCGCGCGAUGGCCUUCCCAGCCAGACGCUUUCCCAUUCGUCAACCAUUCGCCUUGCUUCCACCCUUGCAAAAGAUGGCAGCCACACCGAAUAUCACUUUUGUAACAGGCAACGCAAAUAAACUCAAGGAAGUCCAGGCGAUUCUUGCCCCUACUGGCAUUUCGCUGGUAUCGCACAAGCUAGACCUCCCGGAACUUCAAGGCACUACACAAUCCGUUUCUCUAGAGAAGGCUCGCCAUGCUGCGUCUAUCUUGCAAAGACCCGUCCUGACAGAGGAUACAUCUUUAUGCUUCACCGCAAUGAAAGGGCUUCCAGGCCCAUAUAUUAAAUGGUUCCUGGAUAGCCUCGGUCACGACGGUUUGAAUAGGAUGUUGGUCGGGUUUGAUGAUAAAAGUGCUGAGGCGGUGUGCACCUUUGCCUACUGCAAACCCGGAAAGGAGCCAGUGAUAUUCGAAGGAAGGACUAAUGGAAAGAUCGUGCCAGCGCGCGGACCAAAAGAUUUCGGGUGGGAUCCAGUAUUUAUGCCAGAUGGAUUUGAGCAGACGUAUGCCGAAAUGCCAAAGGAUAUUAAGAAUACGAUUAGCCAUAGAUAUAAGGCACUGCAAAAGGUCUUGGAGUUUCUAAAAGACCCAAGUAAUCUGGAGUAGAUAGCCUCGAACUAUAAUCAAGUGGCAACUAUUUGCAAUACACUAUAUUUAUCUGCAUCCAAACAAAACGACUAGCGAACAUAUAACCCG